AUGGUGUUUUUUUUUUUUGCCUGGGCCGUUCAGCUCCAUAGCGUGGCUUUGUGCGCUCAGGUGCGCGUCAGUCCACGACAGGAGGCGCACGGCAUCAGCCGUGGCAUGGUUCAUACAAGAAGGUUCUUGGUUCCGUUUCACAUCGGCACACCACCUGGUUCACUUCGUGCCAGCUGUCAGAUGUCCGAGAAAGACCGCGAAGGCUGGGCGAAGCUGCUGCAAGGAGGCGGCUCCUGCGUGCAGAGUUCUUCGUUUGAGCGCUGUGGCCCUCGGGGGACGCUUGGGGUGUCGAAACCUGAAGGUGGUGGCAUGUCCUCCGUGUCUGAAGCACUGGCGGAACCACCGAGCUUCGCUACCCCCUUCCCACGUCUACCGCCGGCGCGGCCCCAAGACCCAGGGUGA